AUGCGGACAAAGCGUCCGGCUGCCGAGCCGCCGACGUUGCGGAGUGGAGAGUCGCGCCGAGACUUCCCGUCGGUCCCAGAGCUGCCACCGCUCUCCGCAGCCGCGCACGACAGGAGCCAGGCCCGCUGGACCGGGAAGAGAACGGACAUGCUCCCGGAGAUCGCUGCCGCCGUGGGCUUCCUCUCCAGCCUCCUGAGGAGCCGGGGCUGCGUGAGCGAGCAGCGGCUUCAGGUUUUCGGCAGAGCUCUCCAGGAGGCACUCACAGAGCACUAUGAACACCAUUGGUUUCCUGAGAAGCCAUCCAAGGGCUCUGGCUACCGCUGCAUCCGCAUCAACCACAAGAUGGACCCUAUCAUCACCAAGGUGGCCAGCCAGAUCGGACUCAGCCAGCCCCAGUUGCACCAGCUGCUGCCCAGUGAGCUGACCCUGUGGGUGGACCCCUACGAGGUGUCCUAUCGCAUCGGGGAGAAUGGCUCCAUCUGCAUCCUGUAUGAGAAGGCCCCAGUGGCCGCCUCCUAUGGGCUUCUCACCUGCAAGAACCAAAUGAUGCUGGGCAGGAGCAGCCCCUCAAAGAACUACAUCAUGGCAGUCUCCAGUUAGACCCCCUGCCAUCCCUCUCCGGCAUUCUACUGUACUCAUUCUGCUGUGACAACAGGACACUGCAUACCUCAACCUGGGGAACAGUAUUUUAAAUGAAAA